UCUGGCUUUCCCUCAUCCUCUAAUAAACUAGUAUGCGUGUGCGCCAAUUUCUCUCCCCACAAUGACUACUUCUCUUUCACACAAACUCCAAAACAUGAACCUGAAAGAGACGAAGGAAGAGCUAGGUCCACCUGAAGGUCACCUCACUCUCCGUUACAUGAUGAAACACGAGCCUUUCGAAACCCUUCCCUUCGAAUACUUCCCCUGGAAGGAAGUUGAUCACUAUCCACCGAUUUUCGACUAUGGCGUCGCCCUUACUACAGAAGAAGUCCGUGAUUAUGCUCGUCGGGAAGUUUUUGUUGAGGGGGACAAACCUCCUGGUGAUUUCUGUGAUGUUCUCCAUGGUAUCCAAGGGAAGUUGAAUAACGAAUUCGGACUGAAGCCUGGAGGGAGGAUUGUUAUUGGCGUUCCCUACACAAAGAUGGACAACGUGGUUUUAUUCAAGUUCAUCGACAACUAUAUGUGUCUGUUGUCAGACGAAAAGGUGGACCUGGUUGCUGAUGGGCUGGAGAAAGCAUUUGGGAAGGCGCCGCAGUGGUUUUUGAGUCAUAAUAAUGAGCGCUUCAAAAAGAAUUAUAAUGUUCCGGACUGGAAAAUUGAUAGAUGGGAGGCACAAUUAAAGAAAGAAGGAAAAUUCUGAUCCACCAUAUAUCUAAUUACCCGCUCUAUUCCUUUUCGAUCCGCUUUGAACCGAUCAAGUACUGCUCCGCCACCGUCGCACAAACACGAUAGAGCAACGGGUCACUGUGAUGUCCAACACUGAGUGGUAUGAAUUUGCACUCCACUACUUCCUCUUAACCUUUCUAUACACAUUCUUGAAUAAGACGCGCCAUUGCUUCCCCAGCCUUAUCUUGACAAAUGAAGUAUAUACAAACAUGAUGAUGGUGCUCAC